CGCAGGAUCACAGCAGGCUACUAUUCAUCCAUCAAUUGCUACUAUAAACUGGAAGAAGGACCAAAACAUCGGACCUUCGACGAAGUAUGGAGUUAGAUGUCACAAAGAGAUAUGAUGAAAUCCUAGGCGCUGAUGGACAUCUCCCACGAGCGACAUUCAAGGAACAAAUCCUCGACGCUGCGCAGCAUCAAGUAUCCCGAGCCCAAACCCAGCACUGGGCUUCUCACUUACGUUUCCUGUCAUCAGACAAUUCUGAUCAAGCCGGCGGCCUCUGCAAUGUCUGUAAUGCAUGGCCUUCCUUCCAGCCAGGAGACCGUGUUCUGCGAUUGACGCAACCACAUGAGGCUGGGAGCUGCCGUCACUAUAUUGCUGUGUCAUACUGCUGGGAACAUCAUCUCGAAGAAUCUUCGAGCUCAAAAGACAGUUAUCUGGUCAAGACGGUGUCAGCAGAUCGUCCAAAUAAGGCACCCCCCAAGAUCAUCUCGCGAGCGAUUUCCUUCGCGUUGGAUACGGCGCCGAUGAACCUGAUUUGGAUCGAUCAAGAAUGCAUCGACCAAAAUGAUCGCUUGGACAAAGAGUUUGGAAUUCAGUCUAUGGAUCAGGUUUACCACAAGGCUAUGAUUUCACUUGGGCUGUUGAACGUUACUAUCAAAACUCAAUCGGAAAUGGACAUUCUCGCCAAGCUAAUGGAGGGACAGAUCUUUGGGACGGAACCAGAAAUACAAGCUGCGGUCGCUCUCCUAUAUCGCAUCAGCCAGGAUCGGUGGUUCAGUCGCGCCUGGAUAUUUCAAGAAUCGUGCCUGUCAUUGAAUCUGACAUUGCUUGUCCGUCAUGCAGAAGGACUGGAGAAGCCCGAUGUAUGCGGUCAAAUUCCAGGGGAGAUCAAAACAUCGAUGGACCGACUCCAGAGAUGGGCUACGUUGGUCUUCGCCAGUGUACGACAGUUUCCCCAAAGGCCGCUUUUGGACACUCUACGGAAAAUUGAAGAGAUACAAUUUUGGGCCACGUCACUGUUCCCCCAGAUCAAAACUUAUGAUUUCUCAACCAAGAGAUUCGCAUGUAGCGCUGCUGAGGCAUUGUACCACCUGAAUUUUCGUCUGAACUCUCGGCCGGCUGAUAGAUUGGCAAUAAUUGCCAAUUUAUGCCAGUAUCAUACAAGGCUAAACACGACUGAACUGAAUCUGAAAAUGACGAGCUUUUCCGUUUCUUUGCUCACAUUGAGCAUCUUGAACGGGGAUACGUCCCUGUUGAUUGAUUUUCUUCGGGAUGCCGAGACGCGAAAGCUAAUGCGAGAGGCACCUGCAAAAGAUGGUGGUUCAUCUUCAUCGUGGACAUCGAUAAGUGCCUCGCAGCGGAAAUAUCUCCGACAACAGUCGACGAACGACAUCAGCUCCAACUUCUCAUGGUCACUACCUCUGCUCUCUCGCUUUCCCAUGGCAGGGAAUUGGGAAUCAUCCUCCUAUUCGAACGGAUUUGACCCAAAUAUGCGUCUCCAGAUGUCAGAGAUUCGUCCAGAAGGCUUGCUUACUACAGGUUGGAUUUGGAACGUCAACAGCCGUAUUGAUCUUUCGAAGCUUCGAAACAAUCUUCUGACUCGAUGGAAAUCUUGCAACUGGAACUACGUUACAGGCUCUAAUUAUGUUCCCGAUGACCCUCUACGGUACUAUGAAGAUCACGAGAUCUUGAAACUGAACAACUUCUCCUCGGAUUUCAUGUGCCAGCUACUCGAAGAGUUGUCAGAACUGGAUCUCCCAGAAGUAGCUGAUGCUGUUUGGCAUCUCACACGCCCAACAUGGCACAAGCAGUGGGGCAACCGAUGGUUCCGCUUCAGCGAGACUCCUCAGUGGCUUCAAGAAAUCAAUAACGACAGAGACAUUGAUUAUGCCAGCGAACUCAAUAAUCAAUGUCCUAAAAGGCCAGUGUCCCUAGACCAGCUAUCCGAUCCAGAUGUCCGAGCUUCGUUUAUGAAAGUUGCUGAAGAUUGUUGGCAUGCGCCUUCACACCUGAGUUGGCUUUUCGAUCAAGUGAUGGAGAAAGGAUUCUUGUACUGUGGGCACCUCUUACAAGAAGAAAAGGAGGCAAAUUGCGUUCCGAGGGUGAUUUUUCAUUGUGAGGAGCCAGCUUCGGUUUUCACUCCUUAUACGGAGGAGGCUUGUACAAUUACCGGGCCAGUUCAACCUCGUGUUAAUCCGGUGUCUUGGAUUGUGAGUAUGGAGAAAGGACAAUCAGAAAGUCGUCCCGUGUUAUCGUGCAAUCAGAUAGUUCAAGGGAUAUGGGAGAAACCUGAUAAGAUAUUUCAAGAGGUGUUGCUAAUGUAGUCUGAGGGUAUACAUCUUUAUGAGAACAGCAUGCCAUAAUUCUAACUUAACUCGAAUCAGACUCGAGACUGAAGUCGC